AUGGAGGCAAAAGCACUGACCCUUGUGUUACAGUGCGCAGCAGGUGACGAUUGCUGCAAUGGAGCCUGUACCAACCUCCAGGACAGUCUCAGUAACUGUGGUGCUUGUGGGAACACUUGCCCUGCUGGAUCGACCUGCUCAUCAGGCACCUGCGAACUAUGCACGAGCUUCCAGGCGCAGGCCACAUUCGAUGCGGGGUCCGGGCCGAUCAGUGUUGCAGUGGGCGACUUUAACGGAGAUAGCCAUAUUGAUAUCGUGGCUGCCAAUCCCAACAGCAAUACGGCAAGCGUCUUGCUCGGGACUGGAUCCGGGAGCUUCCAGGCGCCGACCACAUUCCCAGUGGGGCCCGGGCCGAACGUUGUUGCAGUGGGCGACUUCAACGGAGAUGGCGAUCUGGAUAUCGUGACUACGAAUUACUUCGACAAUACAGUGAGCGUCUUGCUCGGGACUGGAUCGGGGAGCUUCCAGCCGCAGGCCACAUUCCCAGUGGGGUCCGGGCCGAUAGGUAUUGCAGUGAGCGACAUCAACGAAGAUGGCAAUCUCGAUAUCGUAAUUGCGAAUCAGGUCAGCAAUACAGUGAGCGUCUUGCUCGGGACUGGAUCUGGGAGCUUCCAGGCGCAGACCACAUUCCCAGUGGGGCCUGGGCCGAACGUUGUUGCAGUGGGCGACUUCAACCAAGAUAACCAUCUUGAUAUCGUGACUUCGAAUGUUAACGAUGGUACAGUGAGCGUCUUGCUCGGGACCGGAUCCGGGAGCUUCCAGGCACAGACCGCAUUCCCCGUGGGGUCCCUGCCGUUCGGCCUUGCAGUGGGCGACUUCAACCAAGAUAGCCAUCUUGAUAUCGUGACUUCAAAUGUCAACGACGGUACAGUGAGCGUCUUGCUCGGGACUGGAUCGGGGAGCUUCCAGCCGCAGGUCAUAUUCCCCGUGGGGUCCUUUCCAUUUAGUGUUGCAGUGGGCGAGUUUAACGGAGAUGCCUAUCUCGAUAUCGUGACUACGAAUAGAGGCGACAAUACAGUGAGCGUCUUGCUCGGGACUGGAUCGGGGAGCUUCCAGCCGCAGGCCACAUUCCCCGUGGGGUCCCGGCCGAUUGGUGUUGCAGUGGCUGAGUUCAACGGAGAUGGCCAGUUCGAUAUCGUGACUUCGAAUGUCAACGAAGAUACAGUGAGCGUUUUGCUCGGGAAGCCUUGCGACGAUUAG